UCGAUCAAGAUGUAUUGCAGGUCUGCCUGCGUUUCCGAUUUUUCCUCUCUGUCGGGGUCUCUUCGCACACCCGCGGUGCUACAGAUGGACAAAGUUUAACGCGGCCGCGCCGCCAACUCCGUCCCUCUGUUGCAUGGAGGAAAAAGGAAGAAGAAAAAUGACGGAAUUCGACGACCGCAGCUGUGCGUCAAAUAUGUUUUUGCCCAGCUGCACUUAUUAUGUUUCGACGCCUGAUUUCACUUCAGUCUCCUCCUUUCUACCGCAGACUACUUCGUGUCAGAUAAAUUUUCCCUAUUCGCCAAAUAUAACCCAAGUCCAACCUGUUCGAGAGGUCGCGUUCAGGGAUUAUGGACUGGACCAUCCCAAAUGGCACUACAGGGGCAAUUACGCGUCUUACUACUCAACGGACGAGAUAAUGCACCGGGAACUGAUUCAGUCGUCGAGCGGCAGGGCGGAUGUGAUAUUUAAAAACGAGCCCCUGUACGGUCACCACGGAGGAACCAGCGCGCAGUGCAAUUUCUUCGCGGGAGUGGGCCGAAACGGUGUUCUUCCCCAGGGCUUCGACCAGUUCUUUGAUUCUCCUAACACGGAGCACCCCAAACAAAAGGCUGCAGAGACUGCUGCCCACGACCAUCAUGACGAUGCUGAUGCCACGAACAUCAGCCAGGCUGUAACCAAACUGGAGCAACAAAACGCAGAACCUCCCGGGAGCGUCGACGAGGACUCAUCUUCCAACUGCGGCGACAAGAGCAGCCGUCAGAGUUCAUCAACCAAGUCCAGGAAGAAGAGGUGUCCGUACUCCAAAUACCAAAUCCGAGAACUUGAACGAGAGUUUUUCUUCAACGUUUACAUUAACAAAGAGAAACGCCUCCAGCUGUCCAGAAUGCUGAAUCUGACUGAUCGCCAGGUGAAGAUUUGGUUUCAGAACAGGAGAAUGAAGGAAAAAAAACUCAACCGCGACCGCCUACAGUAUUUUACUGGAAACCCUUUAUUCUGAUAUCUGAGGCUUCCUUUAGCAUCCAAAGACACACAGACUGAACUGAAAAAGCUUCUUGGUACUAUAUAAGAACUGCAAGCUGAUUUACCACAUAUUUUAGACAAUUGGUACGUUUAUUUUAAGCUGUCCAUCCAUUUAUUGGCUUCUCACUGGCAAUUAAGUCAAUCAGAAUAUUUUCAUUGUUAUUUUGACAUCAUAUUAAAUAUAUUCCUCCUUCUUUUCUUUGGUAGAUAUAUUUGUAACGUGCAUGUGUUAGAUGUUGUGUGUUGUUAAAUAAUAAGCAGAGCAAACAAUUUCUCUUUUACAAAAAUACUCGCGUGCGGCUCAAACAAAAUAAGAAAAAGAAGAAGAAGGAGAGCGAUUUUGUGUUAUAUUUGAAGGGGGUUGGGGUGUUCCCCACGAAACAUGAAGGAGCGCUGUUUCAGCUUGGUGCUAGAAGUCUUGUAUGAUCCCGUUGUUUCCUCUGCUUUGAAAAACUGAAUUGUUUGCUAAACCUUGAACCGUCUAGACAGCAUAAUAAAAAGUAGCUGUAAAGAUCUAAAUAAGGGGCUAUUGGACUGUGGUGUUUCAGCCCCCCAGACCACAUGAGGAACAGAUCUUCCUUCCGGUCUUAAAGAGCUUUUACUCCACAUCCAAGCGCAUUUCUAUAGGGUUUCCACCAGAUUCAGAUUUUGUUGUGUUUGUUUUGUUUUCUUGGAUGUUUUCUUUUCUUUUUUUUUUUUUUUUGUUUUAUUUUGUUUUUUUGAUCUUGUUGAAUUUGGUAUGUCACGGACUUCUGGCAUCACCUGCAAAGGACUUGGAACCUGCGGGAGAAACAGAUUUGUCAAGUUUGACCUUAUUUUCGACUCUGCUUGAAUGUACUGAAAACGUGUUGAGCAGCUUCGCUUUACAACCCUGUUUUGCAAAAAAAAUAAAAUAAAAAUAAAAUAAUAAUAAAAAAAUAUAUAAAUAUAUAUAUGUAUAUAAAGUCUCGACUGCAACAACUUUGUUCACAGAAACCUGUUCAUGACACUUGCAAUGCAGAAGAAUAAUUAAUAUAGUCUCACUGUAUGUUUGGGCCGUUUUCAAGUCACGAACGAACAGGAAGUAAUGUCAAAGUUAUUUCUUUUUUUCAUGCACUUUUUUCAUGCACUCUAAUUUCCAUGGGUCGUGAUUUUAUUCUGGCAUGAAAAUGGAUCACCAACUGCGUGGUGUGUGUGUUUUUUUUUUAUAUUCACAUUGUAUCCACAUGAGGGCAGACUUUCAUAUUGAGUUGAAUGGAAACGCAGACUCGGGCAAAUUUAAUAUGUAUCCAACAUGGAAACCAGUCCGAGGUGGAACAAUAUGUUCUGCCCAGGGAUUACUGGGAUUUUAUUUUAAGCAGUUCCUUCAUCUAAAUCAUCUAUUAGGCUUUUCACAAUAUCUUUCCUUUUAGCCUUCCAGGCACACC